CGCGGACAUUUCGACGGGAAAAGCCACUUGUAUUUUUUCAAUUGCUAGCUGUGGAGUGGUUUAUUAGUCCUCGAUGCAUCAGUAUGAAUCUGUUGCUAUAGAACAGUCGAGUUCGAGUAAAUCUUCGCAGAGCAACCACGCGAUGGCAGGCAGAUGUGCUGCAUGGAGCCGAGGACUGCCAGGGGUGCCUUGUCCUCUUCUCGUCUCGCCUCGCCUCGCUUGGUUGUGGCCUGCAUACGAGUUACAAGGUUUUUUCCUUCUUUCUUACAUGAGCCAAAAUUCUGCGGGUUGGUUCGUCGACGGCUUUCCCAACCGCUAAUAGAUAGACCUGAUAGCCAUGGCGUACAUACGGAG